GUUUAUUGUUGAUCCACCAAACACAAAAGAGCUGUUGACCAUUGAAAACUUGACUCUGUACGUACUCUAUGUCUAUAGUUAUGGUGAUCAUAUCAGAAAUGAAUGGGUGGAGCUAGCUAGAUGGGGUGCAAUCAACUACCUGCUUAAUUUGCAUCCAAUACAGAUAUAUAGCUCGUUACAGUACUGAUCCAAAGGAAACGUCCGUACAUCUGCAAGAGCUAAUUAAUAAGGAAAUUUAAGGCAACUUGCUAGAUGGAAGAAUCAUCGACUCCAAAAAUUCAAGAAGCAAAUGCUUUAAUAAUAAAUGUGAAUGAAAUUGCUGAAAUUCAAAGGGAAGCAAACACUUCAACUCAAACUGAAGAACUUCAUAGUGAAGCAAAUGCUUCAAUCGAAAAUGAAGAUCGAGACACACAAUUGGUAAAUGACAUCACAAAAAUGUUAGAAAGCUCGGAGCCUUCCUUAUCACCUAAAUGUUGUAUCUAUAGGGUUCCACAUGAUGUUCGCAAAUUGAAUGAAGAAGCCUAUACUCCUCAAUUUAUAUCAAUAGGACCUUUUCACCAUGGUGAUAAAAGAUUGGAAAUCAUGGAAAAGCUUAAAGUGAGAUAUUUCAAGCAAUUUGUGAAAAAGGCUACUUUAAAUGUGAAGAAAUUAGUAAGCAUUGUAAGGGAUAAGGAAGGAGAUGUCCGUCGUUGUUAUGCAGAGAGUAUCCAACUUAGCAGUGAUGAUUGUGUGAAAUUGAUCCUGAUGGAUGCGAGCUUCAUUAUUGUGUUUUUCUUGAUGUGCCAGCUUGAAGAAUGGAGGAGUGACGAUGACUUAAUAGUAGUUACACCACGAAUGAUGACUACUAUAGUUAAGGACAUGUGGUUGCUUGAAAAUCAACUUCCUUUCUUUGUUAUAAAGGAAAUAUUCAACUUUGCAUUUGGAUCUUUCUCAAACUUCCCUUCUUUCGCUCAGCUUAUCUUUGGAUUCUUUAGAGGUUACAACACUAAAAAAAUGUCUCCUGAUCCAAAUUUGGAAAUAAUGCACUUCCUUGAUUUGUUGAGAACCUUUUUUUUGCCUCAAUCACGUAGGCUUCCACAAAGAGGCAAUGACGUUGGAGUCAAGCCUUUGUACAGUGCAAGCCACUUGCACGAUGCAGGAGUGAAGUUUAAGGUGGGCUUAAGCAAAUGCUUAUUUGACUUAAAAUUUACAAACGGAGUGCUAGAAAUACCAUGCUUAAAAUUAUACAAUGAUACAGAGUCUCUUUUUGGAAACCUUGUGGCCUUGGAACAAUAUCGCUAUCUGUUUGAUGCUUAUGUUACCGAUUAUAUUUGCGUAUUAGAUUUCCUUAUCGACACUGUCACAGAUGUAGAUUUACUUGUAGGAAACAAGAUCCUAGUUAAUGGUUUAGGCGACAGCAAUGCAGUGACAACUUUGGUCAACAAUCUCAGCAAAAAUAAUGUUACAUAUUUGAACUCAAACUCCAACUAUUGUAAUCUCUAUGAAGAUUUGAAUACAUUCUAUUUUCGUCAUAUUUGGAAGGCUAGGUUCAGGCGUGAUUAUUUUGCUACCUUGAGACGUGAUUUUCUUAGCACUCCUUGGAUAACUGCUUCUACUAUAGGUGCUAUUAUCCUUUUGGUACUCACUCUCAUACAAACUGUAUGCUCUAUUAUCUCAUUAUGAUCGAUUUGAAGUUUGUGUAAUUUGAAUGGUAUUGGAUUGCAUUGUAAUAGUAUUUCAUCGUUUAAGGAGUAUGAGGUUUGUGGAA